ACAUCUAUAUAACUUGUUAAUUUUUGCCGGUGCGCGGUAGACAAAUAUAAUGGCUUCGCCUGAGGUUGAAACGGAGGUGUCGCCUUUUGCCAGACCGCUCAGGGAAAUUGCCGAGCAAAUUUGUGCCACGUACAUGUUCGAUGGAGCUUCACUGAUGCGGCUGGGCGCUGUCAACAAGUUUUGGCACAGCGUUGUGUCCGAUAGUUUUGUCUGGGAGCGAAUCAACGCCGCGCGCCUUGGCGAGGAACUGCUUCCGCCCCCCGCGAAGCCAGCAUCAGCGCUGCCCGGGUGGAGCUUCUUCCCGGGGCUGGACUCGCCGGAGAAUGACUGCGCCUCUCCUGAGGACGCCGGUGCUGACCGUUCCCCCGCCGCGUUGGCGCGGCUGGCGGACGCACGCGGUGGUGUGGCAUUCAACACUGGCGGCUGGGUGAAGCGUUGGGUGGUCCCCAGCUGCAACUGGAACAGGUGGACGUACGAGCCCGGAGCGGGCCUGUGGGUGCGCAGCUCGGAGCUAGAGCGGCUGCAGCAGCAGCUGCAGGAGCGCCGCAGCCGGUCACCGGCCAUCCGCCCAUGGCAACCGCCAGCUGAGCUGCCCGAGCAAGCCCAGCCCCCGCAAGUGCGGCCGCCCGACUUCCCCGGCUGGGUGUUCUACCCGCUGCUGGACUCGCCCGGCAAUGACAUCAGCCCGCCGCGCGGAGGCGACAGCUUCAUAAACAUGUGCGCCACACUGCAAGAGCUGGUGGCACGUGCCACGUCGAUGCCCCAGGCGGUUGCGUUCAACACCACUGGCUACAUCAAGAGCGACGUGCACAGCCAGUCCAACUGGAGGCGCUGCACCGGCCCCGGCGGCAGCAGCUGGGCUGGGCUGUACGUGCGGGAGGAGGUGGUGGCGGCGCGGCGGCUGCUCCGCCCCCUGCCAGGCGGCGGCCUGGACCCCCGCCUCCGCUACUUCCAGCGCGCUAAGACACGCCUGCUGGCGGCGAGAGAUGUUGGUGUGGUCUGGCUGAAUGGCGAGUACCUCGACCGGACGCCCGACCCCGACCUCAACGGGCGCGCUGCUGGCGCCUGCGGCUCGGGGCACCUGGUGGUGCGGCUGCGUAAUGUGUGCUGGCUGCAGCUGGACGGCAGCUUCUAUGGCCUUGGUCCGGGCCGCUACCGGGCGAUAUGGUCGCUGCGUGCCUGCAGCACGGGCGGCUAUGCACCGCCGGUGCCCACGGUCAACUUCACCAUCACACUGACCGCCAAGCGGCCGCACCGUCCCCUGGAGGUGUUCCGCAGCCCCUCCGCGGCUGAGGGACAGGAGGGCGCUGGGAGUACCCCGAGCGCUGGCGCCGCGGGGCAACAGCAGGAGCAAGGGCAGCAGGCAGGGCAGGGGGGCGGGGCGAACGCGACGAAGGCGGAGGCGGAGCCGGUUGUGGGGUCCGAGCUGAGCGCGAGCACGGACGUGAGCCUCAGGGUUAUAUCCGGAGCUUGGCGCGACGUGGCCGCUGGCGAGUUCGAGGUGCCGCCCGGCGCCAUCUACGACGUCGGGGUGCGGCUCUGGAACUAUGACAGCAACUGGAAGAGCGGGCUGUGCUUCAAGGACCUGCGGCUGGUGCGGCUGCGGGCCGACGGCAGGGUAGAGGAAAUGGAGGGGGCAGCAGCGGGAGCGGGCGAGGCUGGGGCCAGUGGGGCCCGAGGGCCGCCCGCACGGACUGCUGCGGGGGCUGCAAGCAAUACUGGUUGGGGAAGCUGUGUGGCGAUGUGAUGCUACGGCAACAGCAGGCCGUCCUUUUAUUCUUGGUGGUUGCAGGUAUUGGGAGUUGAGCGGGGUAAGAGGGUGUCAGGAGGGCGGGCGAGGUGAGCAGGGCGGCUGGGGUCUGCGGUGUUCGGCGCGUGCAUACCUACGCGGCUACGGGCUACGGCCCCGCACCGUUCCGCCACAGCCCCCGCGACCCGGCGGUUCAGCCAUGCAGUAUUGCAGUGUUGUCACAGCGGUAAAAAAACAAUUGAUGAACGAACUUUCCCACCCACUCUAUGGGGGCCACAAGCGGGUGUGCCGUGUGGGGUGGCCGGGGGUUCUGUCACACACAGGCGUCUCCAACUCGCAUUUUUAGUCAUAAAGCAUCUUCAGAAGUUGUGUGGUGAUGGCCUGCGUGGGCGAGAGGCACGUUUGGCGUCCUUGUUGGUUACUGGGAGCAAACUCAGUUGAGCCAGUCGCAGCCGGCAGGCGGGUGGGGGUGGGCAUGGCUGGGGCGUUUUGUGGUCGGCGCAGCUGUACGGCAGCUGUACGGCAGCUGCACGGCAGCGGCAUGGCAGUGGAGGCACAAGUGGAGGCACCGUGUGUGUUUGCAGCAUGUGGCGCCAGGUGGCGCGGCCGUGUGGCGCCCAGCAUGACCGUAGCGCUGUCAUGAGGAUGGCUUGAGCGGCUCGGCAGGGGGCCUCGUACACGGUAUGCUGCUAACUGCUGGUGCAGAACAACACAAGGAUGGACCUCGCAGUGUUACGCUCGAUGGUUGUGGACUUGUUGACGGGCAAGAAUCGCGUCGGAAUCCA